AGUGAGAGAAAAAGUAGAAAAAGGUUUUCAAAAUUUAAAGGACAUUUUACCCGUUUCGGGACUUAGCCCGCGUUCACACUAGGAAUAACAUGUUUUAGUUUAAUUACGUAUGAAACGUGUUUCAUAGUUUCAUUCAAAAGAAACAUAGUCGAGAUGGCGGCCGAAAGCGGAGAGGAAGAAGGUCGAAACUACACUGGGAUACGAUGAAAUGAAGGUUACGGUUCGAAUGUAGGCUGAUGAAGAGGCAAUUAUCGGCCAUGAGCAAAACCAUAAUACUUACUGGGAGAACAUUGCCAAUACCUUCACGAUUUAAUUUCAUAAUUUAUGCGUGUGCCGUAAAACGGCACUGAUAUAUUAUAAAGCCAAGCGUUAAACGUGUUUUAAACAAGCACGCAAUGUUUAGUAGAAACGUGUUUUUUCUUAACUUGCUUACUCUAAACAUGUGUCGGCCUUACCGAGUUUGAAUAGAGUGGUAUCCUUAGAUUGAGAAUAUUUUAUUACACGAGGCAUCAAUAAGUUUUUAUUAAAAUAACGACAUGAAAGUCGCCAGGAGGUAAUCAUUAACUUACCAUGACAAAUGAGCAUUGCAAAAAGGGAGUCUGAAACUAAAAAUAUAAUCCGAGACUAGAAUAUGAAAAGACACUUUUGAAAACAUUUUGCCCUAUUUAGAAGGCGCUCUAAGAGCUACAUCGAUCUAUCAGAAAGGUUUUAUCGCGCCUAAACCAGCUGUUAUGUCAAAAUGCAUUCGGCUAAACCAUUUUCCCUUGUCGUUUUACAAAUACAGGCAGCAGUAAAAGAAGCUGACAAAUUGAAACAGCUGUCGCUUGCUAAUUGCGUCACCUCUUUGUCUCUCAGACAUUUGAUAACAUGACACGAAAACUUUUUCCUUAUUAGCUAUUGUCUUUAUAUAUCACCUAUUUGACUAAGCACUCAACAACAUCAUAACACGGCAGGGUGUGCGAAGAGAGCAAAACGCAUCACAAACUGGUCGUUCAGAAAAUAUGAGUGAUAACUCACAUCCAGAAACUAUAAGCAUCAUUAACUGUGCAUUGAAUGUACCACUGAUGCUCAUAUCCAUUAUCGGGAACACUCUGGUGCUAGCAGCCAUUUGCAGAACUUCCGCACUCCGUUCGCCUUCUGUAAUUUUGGUCUGCAGUCUGGCUGCAUCAGACCUUUCAGUUGGGUUUGUCGUACAACCGCUUUACAUUACAUCUACAAUAACGGGAAAUCCCUUCUUAUUCCAAGCGACGUUAAUGACAGCCGCUUGUGCAACUGGCGUGUCGCUUCUCAUCAUGACAGCCAUAAGCGUGGAUCGAUUCUUGGCUCUUUAUUACCACAUGCGUUAUCCGAGUUUGAUGACAACACAACGCGCCAUGUAUACAUCAGCGACUCUUUGGCUCAUUAGCUUUCUGCUAUCAUUCUUGACUUUCUGGAAGAUGAGUGCGUAUUAUUUUGUUACGGCUGUUACUAUCGCCAUUUGUCUCUUAGUUUCCACUGUUUGUUACAUCAGAAUCUAUCGGAUUGUCCGUCAACAUCAGUUACAGAUUCACGCUCAACAACAGGCUGUGGAAAAUAAUGCUGCAGAUAAUAAACGGAGCAUGCUACGAUCAACCAAAAGUGCCAAAAAUACGUUUAUUUAUUACAUCGUAAUGAUUAUGUGCUACACCCCGUUGUUUACCUCCAUGGCAGUUUUAUCUAUUUCUCACAAGGACUGGACAAACGCAUGGUCAUUAGGCGAUACGGUGGCAUUCAUGAACUCUUCUAUCAACCCAUUUUUAUACUGCUGGCGACUACGCGAGCUUCGAACGGCAGUUAUUAAGGCAGCAAGGCAGGUGUUAUGCGGACAAACAGAGGAAAAUUCGCCAUGUUAGUGUUUUGGGCUCUUGUUCGGUUACCGGCAUAAACGUAAAAAAAAAAAAUGCUAUUCAGACAGGGCAUUCAUGAAUUCUUCCAUCAACCCAUUCUUAUAUUGCUGGCGACUACGCGAGCUUCGAGCGGCAGUUAUUAAGGCAGCAAGGCAGAUGUUAUGCAGACAAAGAGAGGAAAACUCGCCAAGUUAGUGUUUUGGGCUCUUGUUCGGUUACCAGCAUAAACUUUAAAAAACAAAUGCUAUUCAGACAGGGCAUUUGUAUCUUCUAUGACACGGGACGAUGGAUACUUCCCCCCAACACUCGGAAACUACGAAAAUAUUAAAGCAAUCAUUAUGGUAAAAAAGCAGUGAUAAUGAAACUCGAAGGGCGUGUACGUCCAAAAAUGCAUCCUUUCACGCAAGCAACAUGGGAUGAUGGCGUUAUAUCAAGUGAGAAUUUCGCCAUGAUAUCCAGACUGCCGCCAUCUUCGAUCCACCAUCUUGAGGUGCUUAGGUCUUCAAAAUCUAGAGAACAAUACUAAAAUGUCCUAAAAAUGACACUUGUGAGAGAAGACCUUAUUCCAUAACCUUCAGAUAACGGUAUAACAUUUGACGUGUGGAUAACUCACAUUGCAUGUCUUAAUGCGUAGCGUCCUUGUUAUUUUUACGUGUAUAUCAGUUUUGUGGCAGCGCAGGGGUCUCAUGCUAGUGCGCCCUCCACCGGAUCGAGCGGUCCCUGUUCGAACCCUGGCCAGGACAUUGAGCUGUGUUCUUGAGCAAGACACUACUCUCGCAU